AUGACCAAGAUGGUUUCAUGGAAGCAAAUCUUCAAAGUCCUUGCCUUGGGCUCGGUUUUCCGAAGCGGCAGAGCAAGCGCCUCUUCUCUAUUAAACGUACACCAAGGAUCUGAAGGUGUUACCUAUCAACUAGGUGACAUUACUUAUUUCGCCAAUGCAAAAGAUCCGCGAGAUACAUUGACGAUCACAUACCCCAAAGAUAAAAGUCACCACGCUACUGGAAUAUACAUGACAUUGACAGUCAUCGUUGCCAACGAGAGCAUCGUGACGGCUCGCUACCUCAACGCCACAAUUUCGAGCUAUCUGGCCAAUGACGACGUUUUCUCAACAGAGUUUCUUGGUUCCGUGUAUCUCACUUCAUCCACCUCCAAUGCCAGUUUAAACGCCAAGGCUUCGGACUAUCUGUCGAGUGCCGGCGUUGAGAACAUCUUUGUUGACUCGAGUGUCUUCAAGAGUCAGGGCGUACGGGAAAUACACGUGCAACACAACUCCGCUAAGGCUAUGGCACCUGGUCCAUAUACCGUUGUGAUGUCGAAAGACAAGAUCAGUUUGCUAGACACAUAUCGCCUAUUCCCUGACGCAUAUCGCGAUUUCAUCAGCGGUAUAUAUCCAUCGAAUGACGGCAGUGGCUCUUUUGUGCCACUUCAAUUUAUGUCUUCAAGCCUCUGGGCACCGUUGGUGCCGGUGCCAAGCCGCAUCCGUUCGUGGGGAGACCCACGGCCGUUAGCUGGUAAACGGGUGGCAGUGAAAGAUAUAUUCGAUAUCAAAGGAUUGCAGACAUCAGCUGGAAGUCAGGCAUGGACCCUGACCACACCGGUUGCCAACCGAACGGCGCCAGCGAUUCAGCGGCUGGUGGAUCUGGGUGCGGUUAUUGUGGGGAAGCAAAAGUUGGCACAGUUUGCGUCCGGUGCGAAUCCCUGGGAUUGGACCGAUGGGCAAGCUCCUUUUAACCCACGGGGUGAUGGAUACUUGACUUGUGCAGCAUCAACGUCCGGUGGAGCCUGCUCGAUUGCGGCGUACGACUGGCUGGAUGCGGCGAUUGGAAGCGACACUGGCGUUUCAAUCCGUCGCCCAGCGGCUGUUACAGGAACAUUCGGAAACCGACCCAGUCAGGGAAUGAUAACGCUGGAGGGUAUGCUUGCUCAGAAUUGGGCAGAGGACACGGCCGGUGUGCUCGGGCGGAACCCGGCCGCAUGGGCCAAGUUUGCCAAGGCGUGGUAUACUGCAGAUCUUCACCAGCCAGAGUCGAUUACUGGAUUAUCUCCCCUGUCGGUGCCAGACACCAUGGCUUUCCCAACCCAAAUACUGUACCCGGAUGAGCAAUUUCCCCUCGUCAACCCCGCUGCCCAGAAGAUCGUUGAAGCUUUUCUCUCGAGUAUGGCAAUGGCACUCAACAUGACUAUCAAACAUACAAAUCUUAGCGCCACGCUCAUAGAUGCACCUAUCCUCCCACAUAAGAAGGACAGCUUAGACCGUCUCCUAGCGGCAACCGCUACCCUAACGUAUUGGUCAUCUCAUGUUGCCGUUGCUGAGCCUCUCAUGACCGAAUGGUCGCGCCGUUUCGAAGGUCGCUUCCCUCCAGUAGAUCCGCUGUGGCGGAGAGAGUGGUCACAAUUCAACGCCAGUGCCGUCAACCAAGCCGCAUACAACCAGGCUUUACAGGAUAAAAGGAAAGGUGUCGACUGGUUCGAAAGGAAUGUGAUGCUGGAGACGCCUCAAUCUUGCUCGGAGUCAUUACUAGUCUGCGAUAUUGGCACCGGCGGGUUACCCAGUUUCCGCGAGAAAGCCCUUAACGAGGGACCGAAUGCUACAUUCCUGGGAAUGAUGCCAGAUGGGGCCGCGAUACCUUGUUCCAUGAUUUGUCCUAUUUUCGGCUGCGCCGAUUUCACCAUUCCCUUGGGCCAAGUGCCUUAUCAUUCUCCGGUGUCUAAGGUGACGGAACAGUUUCCUGUGAGUAUCAAUGUGAUCGUGCGUCGGGGAUGUGACUUUGUAUUAUUUAACAUGGUAGAGAAGCUGGCGCAGGCGGGUAUCAUUCGGGCCGUUAAGACUGGUACGAAGGCAUUUUAG